GCAUUUAAGAGAGCAGUAGGUGGGAGUGGAGUCUGACCGCAGAGGGUCUACUGUUUAAGAGAAAGGGAAUUCUCUCUUUCACUCACUCGAUCCCGCUCUCUGUCUCUCUCUCGACCCCUCUCUCUCUCUCUUCCUCUCCUCACUGGCUGCACAACAUCAGCCGGCUCUCUAGGUAGACUCGAGUAAACACUCAAAGAGAGCAGAGAGAAGAGGGAAGAUGACAGAGCUGUCAGUGCUCUGAGAGAAGAGACUGGCGAGAACAUUUGUCAGGGCUGCCUGAUAAGGUCCCUUCAACACUGCUUCUAGAUUUUCUCAUCAGUGGGGAGGCUGUGAGCAUUGUGUGCAAGCACUCAAGGCAAGAUACGUGAGUCAUCUGCACUGAACUUCUACCUUCUCAGAAGUUACAGUACCAGGGUGUCAUCAUGGAAAUCAAAGGCUUCCUCUUGAGCUCCUUGGUUCUGGUCCUACUCCUACAAUUCUCCACGUCUGGCCUCGUCAAGAAGGUCAUCCGUCACCGCAGAGAGGCACUGGUGCCAAAGAAGACACAAGAGAACCUUACCCUGCCCAACCCUGAUCAGCCAGUAGUGUUCAACCAUGUCUACAACAUCAACGUCCCCUCUACAUCCCUCUGCUCCGUGGACCUCGACUCACCCGGAGGAGCUGAUCUCAAACACAAGAGCGCUCCGAUGGACAUGCAGAACACCGAGCACAUGGAGCACACGGUGGAUGGUGACAACCAGAUUGUUUUCACCCAUCGCAUCAAUAUCCCCAAGCAGGCUUGCGGCUGCGAUAACCAGUUGCCAGACAUCAAAGACAUCCUGAACAGGCUGGAGAUGCUGGAGUCAGAGUUGUCUAGCCUGAGGGAGCAGUGCAGCACUGGAGCAGGUUGCUGUGGAGCUCAGGUUGCAGGUGAGGUGUCCACAAAGCCCUAUUGUAAUGGACGUGGGAACUGGAGCGCUGAAACCUGCAGCUGUGUAUGUGAACAAGGAUGGAAGGGUCCCAACUGCACCGAACCUGAAUGCCCCAAUGAUUGCCAGGACCAGGGCCGCUGUGUGGAUGGCAAAUGUGAAUGCUUCGAAGGCUUUGGUGGGGAUGACUGCAGCACUGAACUCUGUCUGCUGGAUUGUGGCGACUACGGCCACUGUGUCGAAGGAUCCUGUCUUUGCGAGGAGGGUUUCAUUGGUUUGGACUGUUCGCAGACCAACUGCCUCAACAACUGCUUGGGCCGUGGGCGCUGUGUGGACGAUGAGUGUGUUUGUGACCAUCCGUGGACAGGCUUUGACUGCUCCGAACUUAUCUGUCCAAACGACUGCUACGAUCGCGGACGCUGCAUCAAUGGAACCUGCUAUUGUGACGACGGCUUCACUGGGGAGGACUGCGGUGAGCUUACUUGUCCUGGCAACUGCAACAACCAAGGCAUGUGUGUGAACGGCCAGUGUGUGUGUCAUAAUGGCUACAGUGGAGAGGACUGCUCAAAGCUCACCUGCCCAAAGAACUGCAACGAGAGAGGCCACUGCUUUAACGGGAAGUGCAUCUGUGAUCCAGGAUUUGAAGGUGAAGACUGCUCCAUCCUCUCGUGCCCUGACAACUGCAGCAACAAGGGCCAGUGCAUUAAUGGAGAAUGUGUAUGCGACAUAGGAUACCAAGGUGAAGACUGCAGUGAGCUCUCCUGCCCAAACAAUUGCCAAGACAGGGGCCGCUGUGUUGAUGGACAGUGCAUAUGUGACAAAGGCUACACAGGGGAGGACUGCAGCAUCAAGACCUGUCCCAAAGACUGCAUGGGACGCGGAGAGUGUGUGGACGGCAAGUGUGUGUGUUUCGUCGGCUUUACCGGGAAAGACUGUGCCGAGCUGACCUGCCCCAAUGACUGCCUGGACCGUGGCCACUGUGUGAAUGGUCAAUGUGUUUGCCAUAAGGGUUUCACCGGAGAGGACUGCAGCGAGAAGACGUGUCCCAAUAACUGUUUAGAGAGAGGUUACUGUGUGGAUGGCAACUGCGUGUGUUAUGAGGGUUUCACCGGGUCUGACUGCUCCAUACUGACCUGUCCAGGAGAUUGUCAGAACCAGGGGCGCUGUGAGAAUGGACUGUGUAUCUGCGAGGAGGGCUUCAUUGGAGAAGACUGCUCUGAUGUCUCUCCACCCAAGGACCUAACAGUGCUGGAGGUCACCCCAGAGACGGUGGAUUUGUCCUGGGAGAAUGAGAUGCGUGUGACAGAGUACCUGAUCACCUACAUGCCCACUGCCCCUGGAGGUCUGGAGUUGGACAUGCGGGUGCCUGGCGACCAGAAGAUGGCCACUAUUCGGGAACUUGAGCCUGGCAUUGAGUACCUAAUCAGCGUGUACGCCGUGCUCAACAACAAGAAGAGUAUUCCUGUCAGUGCUAGAGUGGCAACACAUAUGCCUGAGCCUGAGGGUCUCAAGUUCAAGGCUGUGCGGGAGACGUCGGUAGAAGUUGAGUGGGACCCGCUGAACGUUCCCUUCGAUGGCUGGAACCUCAUCUUCAGAAACACAAAAGAGGAGGAUGGUGAGAUUCUGAACUCCCUUGGCCAGCCAGAGACCACCUUUGAGCAGUCUGGCCUGGGUCCAGGCCAGGAGUAUGAAGUCAAACUGGAAGUGGUGAAGAACAACAAGCGUGGACCGCCUGCCUCUAAGAACGUCAUCACAAUGAUUGACGCCCCGAGUCAGGUGGACGUUCGUGACGUAACUGACACCACCGCUCUGGUGACCUGGUUCCAGCCGGUGGCCGAUGUGGACGGGGUCACCGUCUCCUACGGGCCGAGCUCAAAUCCCGCCGAUCGCAGCGUGGUGGAGCUGUCCUCCAGUGACACCCAGUACCACCUGGGAGGCCUCACCCCCGACACCCAGUAUGAAGUGUCUCUGACAGCUCGGAAGGGAGAACGGGCCAGCAUUCCCAUCUACGAGUCCUUCCUCACAGACUUGGAUGCCCCCAAAGACCUGCAGACGGUGGAGCUGACAGAUGAGAGCAUCACUCUUGAGUGGAAGAACAGCCGGGCCAAGGUGGACAACUACCGCAUCAAGUAUGGGACACUGUCUGGGGGAGAGCACGGAGAGCUGCUGUUCCCCCCUGGGGUCAAGGGCUCUACCCAGGCUAAGAUCAUUGGCUUGAGACCUGGCACCGAGUACGGGAUGGGUGUGACAGCAGUGAAAAAUGAACGGGAGAGUCUGCCCACAACCACCAAUGCAGUGACUGCCCUAGAUGCUCCCAAGGACCUGACUGUAGUGGAGGUGACAGAGACCACCAUGGUCCUGGAGUGGAAGCGGCCUUUGGCCAAACUGGACUCCUACAGACUGGUCUAUAUUUCCGCUGAUGGCCACAGGGUCGAAGAUGAAGUCCCGAGCAGCUUUGAAUCUCACACCCUUAGGGGCCUGACACCUGGCAUGCUGUACACCAUCAGCAUCACUGCAGAGAGGGGCCGCAGAACCAGCGUACCCACCACCAUCUCAGCACCCACAGAGGAGGAGAAGCCUGUGGUGACCAACGUCACUGUCAGCGAUGUGUCAUGGGAUAGCUUCCUCCUGUCCUGGUCUGCUGAGGACGGGGCGUUCGAGGGCUUUUUGAUCGAGGUUACAGACGCAGAGACAGGCGCUGAGUGGCAAAACCACACGGUGCCCGCCGAUGCUCGCAGCCUCCCUAUCUCUGGCCUUUCCCCCACCACCUGGUACAGGGCCAAUCUGUACGGGGUGAAAAGGGGGGUCCUUUUAGACCCUGUUUUUGCAGACACCAUCACAGAGGUUGAACCGGUGGUGGAGGCUCUCCUAGUCUCCGACAUCACCCCAGACAGCUUUACGUUGGCCUGGACAGCUGAAGAGGACACCUUCGACACAUUUGUCAUAAUGCUCAGCCAGGCUGCAGGCCCCGGCCAACCAACAGAGCUGGUCCUGGGGGGUGAAGAGAGAAGCGUAGCAAUGACAGAUCUCACAGAGGACACCGAGUACAUAAUUGAGGUCUUUGGGCUGAUUUUGGGAAGACGCUCCAAGUCUGUGACCGAGGGGGUGAGAACAGACCUGGGCUCGCCCAAGGGCAUCCGCUUCUCUGAUGUCACCGACACCUCCGCCACUGUUCACUGGGUGACUCCAAGAGCACGGGUGGACAGCUAUCGUGUCACUUACAUACCUGCCCAUGGAGGUAAUGCUAAGACGCUGGCAGUGGAUGGCUCUGAGUCUCACACUGUACUGCCCAACCUGACUCCCGGGGUCACCUAUGAGGUCACAGUUGUUGCCGUCAAGGGUCAGAGGGAGAGUGAGCCGGGAUCUGACAGCGUUACCACAGCUCUGGAUAAGCCCCGUGGUCUGACUGCAGUCAACAUCACUGACACCGAGGCUUUGCUGCUGUGGCAGCCCGCCAUCGCCACCGUAGACGGCUACGUCAUCACCUACAGUGCAGACUCAGUGGCGCCAGUGAUGGAGCGUGUAUCAGGAAACGUGGUGGAGUUUGAGAUGAGCUCUCUGACGCCAGCGACACACUAUACUGUGAAGGUCUAUGCCGUGAGGGACUUGGCCAAGAGCGCAGCCACUACAACUGAGUUCACCACAGAUGUGGACGCCCCUCAGGACCUGGCAGCCAGCAACAUCCAGACAGAGAACGGCAUGCUGACCUGGAAGCCUCCUCGGGCUGACAUCACCGGCUACCUCCUCAGCUACGAGUCUACAGACAGCACCAUCCGGGAGGUGGUUCUGAGUCCCACUGCCGUGUCUUACAACAUGGCUCAGCUCAGCGCAUCCACUGAGUAUUUGGUCAAGCUGCAGGCCAUCGCCGGUCCCAAGAGGAGCAGAAUUAUCUCUACUAUCUUCACCACCACUGGGGUGCUGUACAAACAUCCCAGGGACUGCUCCCAGGCCCUGCUGAAUGGGGACACCUCAUCAGGCCAAUACACCAUCUACCUGAGUGGAGACGAGAGCCAGCCCCUGCAGGUCUACUGCGACAUGAGCACUGACGGAGGCGGCUGGAUCGUUUUCCUCAGACGUCAGAGUGGCAAACUGGAGUUUUUCCGCAACUGGAAGAAUUACACAGGCGGCUUUGGAGAUAUGAACGAUGAAUUCUGGCUGGGUCUGUCCAACCUGCAUAAGAUCACGGCAGGAGGCCAAUAUGAGCUGAGAGUUGACCUGAGAGACAAGGGAGAGACGGCCUACGCUCAGUAUGACAAAUUUUCUGUCUCUGAACCUCGGACUCGCUACAAGGUCCACGUAGGAGGAUACAGUGGGACAGCAGGUGACUCUAUGACUUACCACCACGGGCGUCCAUUCUCCACUUAUGACCACGACAAUGACAUUGCUGUCACCAACUGUGCUCUGUCCUAUAAGGGGGCUUUCUGGUAUAAAAACUGCCACCGAGUCAACCUGAUGGGACGGUAUGGAGACAACAGUCACAGCAAGGGCGUGAACUGGUUCCACUGGAAAGGCCACGAGCACUCGAUCGAGUUCGCCGAAAUGAAGAUCCGGCCGUCCAACUUCAGGAACCUGGAGGGAAGGAGGAAACGAUCAUAAAACACCCAGAGAGCUCCACUACCGCCACCACCAACGACAACAACUCUGCUCCUGUUCGGUCUGGACUCCCCACAAACAAUUCCCACACCCACCCUGCAGCGACCAAAGCCACUGCCAAGAGCCCUGCCGCCUCCACGCAAAACCAACGCACCUCCCCUUCUCCAUUUUGCUCAAAGAUUGACUCCAUGCAACCAUCUCGCUCCUACAGACAUAUACACACACACUUGUGACACAGUUGAGCAAAUGCUGCCAGUGCGGAAAUUGACAUGCAUGUUAUAAACUGGACUUAUAUGAAAGCCCACACUGAUUCUACCCGCGCACCAAAGAGAGCAACUCCAUCUUGCAGCAUUCGUGGGGAGGCGUGAGCGCAGCUCGGGCAUUACGUUGUGUACAGUCAUGAAUACAGCUCUCUAUUUCACAUCCACACCAUGUUUGGGGUUUUACAGAAAAGACAGGCUGUUUGUAGUACAAUGGGGUCUUGUUUAGAAUCAGGGCCUAUUUGCUAAAAACAAUAAUUGAGCUGGAUUAUCAGAGAAAAUUCUAUUUGUUGUACAGCACUGUACAUGUAUACAUCUGAUUAAACCUUUGAAAAGAGAUACUCCUCAGAUGGCACUGAUGAGAUGUCAGAUAUCUCCAUCUAACUUUUGCCAUUUGUUUGUCUUGUGCAACUUAACUUGUCUCAGUGUCACUUUAUCCUCCCCAGCGCUCCCAAUACACGUGCACACACACACACACAGACACACACACGCCACACAUAUCUGAAGGGACGGAGAUGAAAAUGGAAAUAGGAAAAGAAAAAUCUAUGAAAAAGUAUUUUACCCUUCACGUCCUAUACCCACCUGGAUGGCAAUGUUUCCAUUCAUCAUGUGAGCCCUCGAAGGCGUCAUGCUGCCACAGUAUUGUGUUUUAAAAAGAACAGAGAAAAAUAAUUCUUUUGUUUAGUUUCUCUUAUGAAUCCGAGGCAGGACCUAUUAUUCAUUAUAUAAUGACAAGCGGUGAUUUUAUUUUGUGAUCUUUCUUUUUGCAAAAUGUGAAUACAAUACCUAUAUGUGGAACAAGAGAAUGUUAUGUGAUGCGAAACGUAAAAAAAAAAAAAAAAAAAAAAAAGGCCAACUCUAAUUGAAUUCCAGUUGUCAUAGUAAGGUCUCUAUGCUUAUGUUGAUGAAAAUAGUGUUUGAACAGGCCAAAACUAGAGAACUAGUUACCGUUUCUACCCCUGUACCCUCCCCCUGCAGCGGCAGGAUACUAAACCACUGACCCCCUAAAGAAUGCCUGUGUAAAUUAAGUUUGUUUCUAUUGUUUUGUUUGUUUAUAACUGGGUGAACAACAGGUGUGUCUCUGUAAACUGUAUUACAAUAAAACAGUUUGUUUAAAAGGAA